AAUCUGGAAGCUGACAGCCUCUUUUGUCUGUGGAGGUUUCUGGGCUCUUCUGUUAUUGGGAUGUUUCUUCAGCUCUUGUGGGUCAACUACAAUAGCAGAUUAUUGCAAAUAUAUCCUAUGUAACAAUGGAUACUGUGUAUCCAGAAGAGAUUCUGGGUGCCAGUCCUUUAUCUGUUGUAUUAUCUUCUCUGAGUCUGUGGCUCAUUUUUGAGCGGUGUGUUUUGGUGCCUUGUCCUGUAAGUACUUUUAUAUUUUAAUGUGACCCAGUGUAUUUCUCCUCUCUUGUAUGGGAUAUGCUUUUUGUGACUUGUUUGCAAAGGCUUUUCCCACACAAAGGUCACAAAUACAUUGUGCUAUAUUUUCCUGCAGUAAUUUUAGUUUUGCUUUUUUUUACAUUUAGUUAUUUUAUACACCUGGAAUUUCAUUUUGGAAAUAAACAUGAAUACAAUUUUACUUAUUCCACAUUUAUUCUGAAACCUUUCGUUGAAUCCUUUCCCCAUGGCCAUCUGUCAAGUCCUUGUGUGCGUGGCUCUCUCUCUGGCCUUGCUCUUCAGUUGUUUGAUCUGUGACUCUGUUUUAAUUACGGAGGAUUUAAACCCAAUCCGUGGCCACGCCCCAGCUUCAUUCUGUUUUCCAAAUUGUGUUGGUUAUUCCCAGAUGAUUAAGUGCCUUUCGUAACCCUGUGAAUGUAUUGACUAACUCGUGCAAGUGGAAUCUUUCCAUGUACGUUUUCUUAGCCCUGAAUCCGUUAUCUCUCCUGUGUAUUCACAUCUUUUUUUAUAUUCUUCAGAAAAGUUUUUGAGUUUUCCACAUCAUUUUGUUAGCUUUAUUUGACACUGUAGUUUUUAUUGCUGUUGUGUUUUUCCUGUUAGAUUUUUAUUUGUUUUUUUUUAUUGUUUCUGAUUUGUCGGUGAGCUCCUAUCCAGCAUCUUGGUAAACUUAUUAGUUUUUACACAUUGUCCUUUUCCCCUUGAGAUUUAUAUGUAGGCGAUUGUAUACUAGAAAACAGUGGUGCUUUUUCCUCUUCCUUAGCCAUUUCUGCGUCUCACCUCCUCUUCCCGAUCCAGUGGCUGGUGAGGCUGUCUGGGACCAUGCUGAGUGGUAGAGGCCGUAGCUGGUGACAUUGUCUUCUUUCUGACUUUAAUGGGAAUGCUUCUGAAGUUUCAUCAUUGAGUUUGCUGUAAUUUCUUCAACAGGCAUGCGUCUGAGGAGCGGGACCUGCAGAAUUGUCAGCCAGUCUGAGAGGCCCGUUCUUCAGUAGGGAAGUGGAACUGUGGUAGGCUGACGUGAGACGCCCGCUGGCAGGAGAACUCACAUGCACAUUAAAUUCCAGGCAUUAUUUGACGACUCCUUACUACUGAAUGUUCAAUUGAGGAAAUUGAAGGUCUUUCACACAGGAGAAAUAAAUCAAGAAGUUUUCCAGCAGCUGAGGCUCGCAUCCUUCGAGCUGCCGUGCGUGGCCCUGGCUCCGGGGACCACCCUUCCGAGCAGGAUGUCGCUGAGAUCCCUGAAGUGGAGCCUCCUUCUGCUGUCACUCCUGAGUUUCCUCGUGAUGUGGUACCUCAGCCUGCCCCACUACAACGUGAUCGAGCGCGUCAACUGGAUGUACUUCUACGAGUAUGAGCCCAUUUACAGACAAGACUUCCACUUCACGCUUCGAGAGCAUUCAAACUGCUCUCUUCAAAACCCAUUUCUUGUCAUCCUGGUGACCUCACACCCCUCAGAUGUGAAAGCCAGGCAGGCUAUUAGAGUUACCUGGGGUGAAAAAAAGUCUUGGUGGGGAUAUGAGGUUCUUACGUUUUUCUUACUAGGCCGACAGGCUGAAAGGGAAGACAAAGUGUUGGCAUUGUCCUUAGAGGACGAACACCUUCUUUAUGGCGACAUAAUACGACAGGAUUUUUUAGACACAUAUAAUAACCUGACCUUGAAAACAAUUAUGGCAUUCAGGUGGGUAACUGAGUUUUGCCCCAAUGCCAAGUACAUCAUGAAGACAGACACUGAUGUUUUUGUCAACACUGGCAAUUUAGUGAAGUAUCUUUUAAAUUUAAACCAGUCAGAGAAAUUUUUCACAGGUUAUCCCCUCAUUGAUAAUUACUCCUAUAGAGGAUUUUACCAAAAAUCUCAUAUUUCAUACCAGGAGUAUCCCUUCAAGGUGUUCCCUCCCUACUGCAGUGGGCUGGGUUACAUAAUGUCCAGAGAUUUGGUGCCCAGGAUCUAUGAAAUGAUGAGUCACGUAAAACCCAUCAAGUUUGAAGAUGUUUAUGUUGGCAUCUGUUUGAAUUUAUUAAAAGUGGACAUUCAUAUUCCAGAAGACACAAACCUUUUCUUUUUAUAUAGGAUCCAUUUGGAUGUUUGUCAACUCAGACGUGUCAUUGCAGCCCAUGGCUUUUCUUCCAAGGAAAUUAUCACAUUUUGGCAGGUUAUGCUGAGGAACACCACGUGUCAUUAUUAAUUUGACAUUCUACCAAAAUCAUAGAGAAGGACAGGAUACUUUGUGGAAAGUCUUAAAGUUGGUACUGAAAAAUCUCCAAUGGGAAAUUCACGAGCAGUCGCCAUGCUGGCUGACGCUGAGCUGAGACUCAUGCAGAACUGGAGACUGGAGGCUUCCGCUUGUGGUUCAUUUUGACAGAAAUCAAGUCAGGCCCUUUAAAGAAUGUUCAUAGAAAUGAAAUAGAAAGGAAUUUGGGGGGUUUUGUUAAUAAAAUUAAUAGGACCAAACCAUUUGAACGUGUCCUUCUAUAGACUAGAACUUCUUAAAAGGGUUUUGUUGAGUUAUAAGCUUGCUAGUUCAUACAGCAAAGCAACGUGGAGUUCUAUUUAUUGAAGAAUCUAGUCAGUUAAGGGGUUUGUGUAUGUCUUACAUGGAUUACCAAUUUUUAAAAAUAAUUCUGUGUAAAAAAACUUAAGUGAUACGAAGCAAAAUUUCAUCUGUUUUUGGUCAUUCAGAGAGUACCUCAAGAUGUUGCAGUAUUUCAGAGUUAUUAUUUAAUAUUACUUAGAACUUUCUGGGUGUUUGAAUGUUAUGGUUGUUUCAAAACUGUAUAAACAGAAUAGUGAGUCACCCUGUACAUCUGAAUCUUUUUCCAGUUACUUCACUGGGGAAUUAGUUAUCGAUAGCUCCGUUAAUGCGAAGUCGUUGGUCAUUAUUGUGUAUCAGUAAUCUCUUGGACUUUGAUAAAUAUUUUGCCGUGGUAAUGUAGAGAAGAAUUAAAGCAAGAAGAUCUGUCUUGUUUUUAAAAAACAUAAUCCCUGGUGUUUGUAGAUGUCGCUUCGUCUGUCUCAUUUUUCCACCUGGAAAUUAGGAAUAAUACAGGAUGCCAGGCCCCGCGUCUCCUCUUGGAAAGGACUGAAGGGAAAAAGACAAGAGGACCUGGUGACCAGGAUAUUAUGAAAAGCGUGUCAGUUUCAGUCCCUGAGACGGAAAGAAAAGAGUAAAGAUUCGAGUCACAUUGUUAACCUGUUCCAUGUGUUUUCUCCUUCACGGUCAGUUUGAGAAUAAAGAGAAAAAAAAC